UUAUUGGUAUUGAAGGUGCAGAACAUAAUAUGGGAGAUAUUGUUGCUGUUGAGAGUGAUUUGAAAGAAAGGGGCGACUUUCCAUUUGAUGAAAUUAAAGCUGGUGCAUUGGUUGCAAUUGAAGAUCUUCAACCAGAUAUUCCUGCACCAAUUGCUAGUACAAACAACUCCCUUUCAAAAACUCUAGAAGCUGGUGAUGUUAGCCAAACUGUUGGGGAAAGUGAAAAUAACAAGCUUGAAGUAGCAAGUCUUGAAGUCCAGGUUGCCGAAAAUGGUUUUAUUAAUGAAGCUCCAAGUUACAAUGAGGAGUGCAGUGGGGAAACUAGGAAGUGUUUUCCGUAUACAGAAGAACAAAGUAAUGUCCAAAAUGCUUCAUUUAAUGAUGGAGGAAAUCCAUCUUUUGAGGAUGUUGAUCCACGUAGUGCUUUGGAUGUGGGAAUUACUGCUGGUGAUCAUGCUUCUAUGGUAAAUAAUGCUGAAUGUGAAAACAUUCAAGUCGAGAAUGAUACAGAAUUUUUGAAUGCGGAUGAUGAUGAGGUAGCUGACAAUGACGACAGCAUACCUUGUGAUGAAGAAACUCGCCUUCUUGAGAACAGUGGAUGGUCUUCACGUACAAGGGCUGUGGCCAACUACCUCCAAACAUUAUUUGACAAGGAAGCUGUGAAUGGAAGGAAGGUCCUCUUGAUGGACAAUCUAUUAAGUGGUAAAACUCGUAAAGAAGCAUCAAGGAUGUUUUUUGAGACACUGGUUCUGAAAACAAAGGAUUAUAUCCACGUAGAACAAGCAAAGCCCUUCGAAAAUAUUAAUAUAAAGGCUCGAGCAAAGCUCAUGAAGUCAGACUUUUGAUGACACAAAAUAGGAAUGCAGAUAUGUACCAAUGUAAUUUUCUAGUUAGGGUGAUGCUCGGCCCAGAUUUUUUUUAUACCUUCCCCUCCCACUUGAUUACUUUUUGUUGUUUUUUUAACCUAAAUUACACCCUUUAUCAUUUAGUUGAUGUAAUUGGUAGUGGGUUAACAGUGGGUCGAGAAGUAAAUGUCAUUUAUAUUAAAUGUAACUACACUACAAAAUCGGAUCAUAAUUAUGUAUAUAUCUGUAUGAUAUUACCAUAUUAGCAAUUCAGAUGCUAAUUUUGUGUUUAA